CGAAGAAAAAUAAAAAUCAAAGUACAUAACAAAGGAUGAACAAAAACACAAAAGUGCUCUCUUAGGUCCCCCAAAUCACCAUCUUGAAUCUAGGGUUCUAAAAAUUUCAAUUCAAUUCUAACCCGCCAAAUCCGAAUUUUCUUCGAUACGGACCGACUGGCUUUCCUUGAGUCGGAUCUAUACUCAGAGCUCCAUUGCCGGAUUGAGCUCAAUCCCUCCGGCACCGGCAAUGUCGGAGUCCAAAGCUUCCCCAUCCGCCUCCGGAUCCGACCCUCCGACUACCGGGCAUCAAGAAAGUCUUCUGUCAACCCAAGAAAUACUAGCAGUUAUUGAUUCUUUUAAGAAACAGGUUGCUUUGGAUCGUUGUGUUAGCAUAAAGAAACAUAUGGAAGAAAAUACACAGAAAGUGGCUGAUGUCACAAAAAGUCUUCUUAGACUAUCGAUGGAAAGAAGCAAUCUUAAGAUUAUUGGUGCUGACAAAAGUGUUGAUUUACUGUCUAAGAGGCAGAAAGAUGCAAUUGAUAUGCAUAAUGGUAUUGGUACGAGUAAUGGGGAUAACGAUAGCAGUAGCUCUCAAGAAGAUGGAUAUGGCUCAUCGGCAAUUCUUUUAGGAUCUAGUAUUGCAGUCAAGAAUGCUGUUCGUCCUAUUACACUGCCGGAAGUGAAAAAAUUACCACCAUAUACAACAUGGAUUUUUUUGGAUAGAAAUCAAAGAAUGACAGAGGACCAGUCAGUAGUCGGCAGAAGGAGAAUUUAUUAUGACCAAAAUGGUGGCGAGGCUCUAAUCUGUAGUGAUAGUGAAGAAGAAGCCAAUGACGAUGAAGAAGAGAAGAAAGAGUUUGCUGAUUUUGAAGAUUAUAUUCUGCGAAUGACUAUUAAAGAGGUGGGGUUAUCUGAUUCCGCAUUGGAUUUGUUGGCGCAGUGCUUAUGUAGAAAAUCUUCUGAAAUCAAGGCAAGAUAUGAAGAUCUUUUUAAGAGCGAGAAUGCCACAUGCGACGUGAACAAUGGAAAUAUUGACGGCUUUGUGAAUCCUUAUAUUGAUAAAGAUCUAGAUGCAGCUCUGGAUUCAUUUGACAAUCUGUUUUGUCGGCGCUGUCUUGUUUUUGAUUGCAGACUGCAUGGUUGUUCCCAGGAUCUUAUAUUUCCUGCUGAGAAACAACUACCAUGGUCCUGUCCGGAGGUGGAAAAAAAACCAUGUGGCCCAAAUUGCUACCGUCAGGCUAUUCAUGAAGAAAAAGCUGUCACUGCAUCCGAUAAUGCUGCUGCCGUGCAUAUACAAAAGAGGAAGCAGGGAGGUCCAUCUGUACACAAGAAGUCAAAGUCUUGCCCGAGUGAAAGUGCUUCUUCAAAUGCAAAAGACAUAUCUGAAAGCAGUGACUCAGAAAUCAAACUCAUUAACGAUGUUCCUUCUAUACCUAAGUGUAAAUCUAUAGGAAAAUGUGGGGGAAACAAAAGGAAUAGUAAGAGAAUAGCCGAGCAUGUUUUAGUUGCCAUAAGGAAAAAACAGAAGAAAAUUGCUGCUUCAGACUCUGAAUCUGUUGCAAGUGGGAGUCUCGGUUCUAAAGAUAUGAAUCUUCAAGCUCCUCGACGAGAAAGUAAUGGCACUAGUUCACAGAAAUUAAAAUCUUCGAGUUCUAGGAAGUCUAGUAGGAAAGAGCCUUUAGCUCCGGACAGUAACAAAUCUUUGCAGGGGGAUGCUCCUAGUGGGGCAUCAAAUGAGAUUGAGAGUAAACGACCUGUGACUAGUAGUGACGAUACCUUAAAGAAAGAAGAAUUUAUUGGCGAGAGUACGUAUAAACAAGAAGUAACUGAUGAUAAAUGUUGGAAAGCAUUUGAAAAGGCACUAUAUGAGAAGGGGCUUCUGAUUUUUGGCCGGAACAGCUGUAUGAUUGCUAGAAAUCUGAUGAAUGGUCUGAAGACAUGUUCAGAGGUUUUUAAGUAUAUGCAUCACUCUGAGAAUAAGCAAUUCUUUCGACCUUGUGAUGGAGUGACCUUUACUGAUGGCUAUUUGAAAGCUGAUGGUAGUGAAAUCUUGGGCAAUGCUGCACGUAGAAGAUCUAGAUUUUUACGUAGGAAAGGUAGGGUUCGUCGCUUGAAGUACACGUGGAAAUCUGCAGGAUACCAUUCUAUCAGGAAGCGCAUUUCUGAGAGGAAAGACCAGCCUUGUCGGCAGUACAACCCUUGUGGAUGUCAAUCUGCCUGUGGAAAAGAGUGUCCAUGUCUUGUUAAUGGUACCUGCUGUGAGAAGUACUGUGGGUGUCCAAAGAGUUGCAAAAAUAGAUUUAGAGGCUGUCACUGUGCCAAAAGUCAGUGUCGAAGUCGUCAGUGCCCCUGUUUCGCUGCUGAUAGAGAGUGUGAUCCAGAUGUUUGUCGAAAUUGCUGGAUCAGUUGCGGUGAUGGCACCCUCGGGGUUCCUUCUCAAAGAGGUGAUAAUUAUGAAUGCAGGAAUAUGAAGCUUCUUCUAAAACAACAGCAGAGGGUAAUGCUGGGAAGAUCAGAUGUUUCUGGUUGGGGAGCAUUCUUGAAGAAUAAUGUGGGCAAACAUGAAUACCUUGGAGAGUACACUGGUGAACUAAUAUCACACCGUGAAGCUGAUAAACGUGGCAAGAUCUAUGACCGGGAGAAUUCUUCGUUUCUCUUUAACUUAAAUGACCAGUUUGUUCUAGAUGCUUAUCGGAAGGGUGAUAAAUUGAAGUUUGCCAACCAUGCUCCCGAUCCUAACUGUUAUGCUAAGGUCAUUAUGGUGGCCGGAGAUCACAGGGUGGGUAUAUUUGCAAAAGAACGAAUUUGUUCGGGCGAAGAACUCUUUUAUGAUUAUCGUUACGAGCCGGAUAGAGCUCCUGCUUGGGCAAAAAAACCUGAGACAUCUGGUGCUAAAAGAGAAGAUUGCGCUCCUUCUAAUGGUCGUGCGAAGAAGCACACCUGAUCAAUCGGUAAUUUAUUUCAUCAAGAUUUCAUUUUGUCAUUCUUUUCCAGAGAAACGUCAUCCCUCAUUCGCCUUCUGGCUGAACUAAUCAUUUAGUUGCUGGAGAUACCGUCAAUAGACCAUCUCCAGAGUAGCUUAACUAGAUUUUUUUGACUGUGGCUGAGUGAAUUCACCAGAGCGGGAAAGAAUACAAGUGUAGUUUAUGCCUCCAUUUCUUCAAUUAAAAUUUUAAUGUAAAAUGGUCUCUCAUUGAACAUUCUUUUACUGAAUCUUGUAGGAAAAUGUAUUUACUUUCACUUGGAACUUUUGCAGUAACUCAAUUCUUAAUUUAUGGAACCCACAAUUGCUUAUUCUGGUUUA